UCCUGUUUAUUUCUGCAGGUCAUUGACCCAUCUUGUUUCUAGCCUUUGCUAAAGUAGCGGAGAAAGGUUAGGCUGCUGCUGCUGGUAUCGACUUUUAGACGUGAAUCUUUGGGUCAGUACAUCUGCUCACCAGUGAAGAUCAUAGAUCAGUCAUCCCAUGUGUGUAUCCAGUAUGGAAGGUCAAUUAAGAGGACCCUGCUGUGUCUUGCCAUUCAUCAGUAAGAAAGAGGCCCUUGACAUUGAAUGUGGUGUUGGUCAAAAUGCUUUUGUUGAGAAAAAGCAGAAUCAACUACUAGCUAGUCCAUCUGUGUUAUUGCCAGUUGGAGAUUCAACUGGAAAAUCAUUAAAGAAAAGACCACUGACUGCUGAUGAGAGGCAACGACCGAACAGGUUGGAGCAAUGCAGAGCAAGGGACUUAGAGAGACAGAAAAAGAGUGGGACACAAGAGCUGAAAAAACAGUCUGAAGCAGCUGCUUUACAUCAAAGAGAGAAAAAGAGAGAAAAGCAGAGAAGGCGUCGACUUCGGAAAAGAGAAGAGAAUUCGAGAAUGAAAGGAACAGGACAUGCAAGCAUGGACUUCUUGCAAACCAACACUGAUUCUCAUCUUGAUAUAAAUUCAUCUGAAUUGAAGGCUGGGCAGUAUGCUAUUGAUACACAUGAAGACAGUGAAGAUCUUUGGGAAUUUGAAUGCGAUACACCUGAUGAGGAUGACAAGGCUACCUGUCAAGUGAAGCUAAGGGUACAAGAUAGCUCUCCUGCAGAGCAUAAUGUGGAUCCAGCCAAUGAAAAUGGAUUUGGAGUUUGUCAAAUUUCAACAUGUGAGGUGAAAAAGCAGUCUGAAGCAGCUGCUUUACAUCAAAGAAAGAAAAAGAGAGAUAGGCAGAGAGAAAAGCGACUUCGGAAAAGAGAAGAGAAUUCGAGAAUGAAAGGAACAGGACAUGCAAGCAUGGACUACUUGCAAACCAAAACUGAUUCUCAUCUUGAAAUGAAAUCAUCUGAAUUGAAGAUAAGUCAGCAUGCUAUUGAUACACAUGAAGACAGCAAAGAUCUUUGGGAAUUUGAAUGCGAUACACCUGAUGAGGGUGACAAUGCUACCUGUCAAGUGAAGCUAGAAGUACAAGAUAACUCUCCUGCAGAGCAUGAUAUGAAUCCAGCCAAUGAAAAUGGAUUUGGAGUUUGUCAAAUUUCAACAUGUGAGGUGAAAAAACGGUCUGAAGCAGCUGCUUCACGGCUAAGAGAGAAAAAGAGAGAAAAGCAGAGAGGGUGGAGACUUCGGAAAAGAGAAGAAAAUUCGAGAAUGAAAGGAACAAGACCUGCAAGCAUUGACUAUUUGCAAACCAAUACUGAUUCUCAUCUUGGUAUGAAUUCAUCUGAAUUGAAGAUGGGUGGAGAGUCUGGGGACAGUGUCAUGCCAAGGAUUGUAGCUGUGUGGAGUAUGAGUGAAGGUAGUGAACACGGAGUACGCGUGAAGCAAGAGAACAUCACGCAGUACUUGACUAGUAAUUGUGAUAACUCGGGGUGCAACGUCAGUAAUGUGCCAAAAGCAAGUACCAUGAUUUGAACCAAGGUUCUUGCCUUUAUGUAAAUAUUAUGGUAUAUAAUUCUUAUCUUUUAUUCAGUGUAAAAUACCAAAGCUUUGUAUUUAAUCACAGAACAUAUUUACCCUAGAUGUAGAAUAGCUUGUAGCUUAAAUACAGUAUAUAUUCAAUAGUUAUUCAUAUUUAUUCAUUAAAUUCUAAUUCAUUGCUGUGAUACUUUUGUGUGUUAGUGGUACCAGACACGAUUAGCAUUGAAU